GUGGGUGGUGGAGCGGGUAUGGUUAUAGAAAUGUAUCCGCCUAGACGGGUGUGGACGGGUGUUAUACCCGCUGCGGGUAGGUGAUGGGUGUAAAUUUUUUUGGCGGGUGCAUGUGUGGGGGUCGUAUCCGCACCGCCCAAUUGCCAAUAAACACUAUGAUCCACUAAAGAACAUUUCCCUCCCGCACAAGACUUUUCUGCAACAUCGAUGGAGUCUUACUACACUCUUCUUCCACGAAAACUUCAGCAUUUCCCCCCUUUUUCUAUCUCAUUUGCUCAAACCCAUAUCAGAAGGUAAGCAAAUUUGGAGCUGGGUUUGUAGCCUCGAAUUAAACUGAGAAAUCAUGAAUUGCUUUUGUUAUGGUUCAUCGUCCCAAAUCAGCAAUGUAAUGGAAAGUAGACAAUCCCAACUUGACAUCAAAGAACCUGACACAGCAGAAAUAUCUAACAAUGACAGUGGUCCACUGACAAAAGUUUUUACUUUGAAAGAGCUAACAGAUGCAGCAAAGAAGUGUAGUCGCAAAUGCCCGAUUGAUGUAGGCAGCUUCGGAAAAGUUUACAGAGGGAAACUCGGAGAAACUGGAGAGGUGACGAUGCUGAGCCUUCUUAAACAUCCAAAUCUGAUCAAUCUUAUAGGAUACUGUGCUGAAGGGAACAGAAGAUUUUUAGUACAUGAAUAUCUGCCUUUGGGAUCCCUAGACCAGCAUCUACACGAUAGAUCAUCCAAGCAAAAGCCGCUCUUAAGUUGGUAUACAAGAAUGAAAAUAGCUCUAGGGACUGCAAAUGCGUUAGAAUAUUUGCACGAUAAAGCCGACCCUCCAGUCAUCUACAGAAACCUGCAGCCCUGCAACAUCUUACUAGACAAUGAUUUUAAUGCUAAGCUCUGUGAUUUCGGGCUAUCUAAGCUUGGAGAUGCUGGUGGUAAGGUCUGUAGGGAUUAUAUUUCUGCAGGAAUAAGGGGAACCGGUGGCUACAUUGCACCAGAAUACGUAAGAACAGGGCUUUUGACUGUGAAGGCAGAUGUAUAUAACUUUGGAGUUGUUUUAUUAGAGUUGGUCACAGGGCGAAGAGCUGUUGACAUCCCAAGUCUAACUACGGAAGAUAAUCUUGUCUCUUGGGCCCAUCGGAUAUUGGAGAAACCAGGGAAGAAGUUUCCAGAGUUAGCUGAUCCGCUCCUGCAGGGGAACUUUCCAGCUCGAGGAUUCCAUUCAACACUUUUGGUGGCAGCCAUGUGUCUACAAUAUGACCUCAGAGCGCGACCAAUAAUGAGUAGUGUUGUCGCUGCCAUCAUGUACAUCUCAUCAGACAAACUUGAUGAAAACAUAGAUUCCCCUCCUCUUUAAGCUCAUAACUUGAUGAAAGGUGCCAAUGAAUUUGACUAAGGAUCAUAGCGUUGAAGAGAACCGAGAACCCUUCAAUUCUGCACCAGUUCAUAUGGACAUCAUCGUUCUGACUGAGUGUAUUGUAAAUAGAAUGCUCUUCAAAGAUCCCCUCUUGUGUAUAACCAAGAUACAUCCUACUGUUUAGAUGAUGUACAGAGCAAGCGCACGUUUGUGAAUAAAAUAACAUGGAAGCUCCACUUCUCAUGCAAUAAACCACACUUCAAUUUGCUGUC